UACACGUAACGUUACUGUACAAGUCAUCGUAUGACAUAGGAGGAAGUGAAGGCAGUAGUUGCAAGAUAUAGUAAUUUUGCCAGCUAAUCUCAGAUACAUUUUUUUAUCCGAGAAGAUAUGUCAGCAAGCAUGCAAAUUAAGAUUGGAAUCAUUGGAGGCUCUGGCCUUGAUGACCCAGACAUAUUAGAGGGAAGGACCGAGAAAUAUGUAGACACACCUUAUGGAAAGCCUUCAGAUGCCCUUAUAAUGGGGAAGAUCAAAAAUGUUGAAUGUGUGCUCCUUGCAAGGCAUGGGAGACAGCACACCAUCAUGCCAACCGACGUCAACUACCAGGCUAACAUCUGGGCGUUGCGAGAGGAGGGCUGCACACAUCUCCUGGUCACCACGGCCUGUGGUUCCCUCCGGGAAGAGAURCAACCGGGAGACAUCGUCAUCAUCGACCAGUUCAUAGACAGGACGACAAAGAGGGCCCAGACGCUGUACGACGGGCGGCCCACCAGUCCUCCAGGCGUGUCUCACAUCCCCAUGGCUGAGCCCUUCUGCACCCGGACCAGAGAGGUGCUGCUGGAGGUGGCGCGCGGCCUGGGGGUGAAGUGCCACCCGCAGGGUACGGUGCUCACCAUCGAGGGCCCUCGCUUCUCGUCGCGUGCUGAGAGCCUGAUGUUCCGCCAGUGGGGUGCCGAUGUUAUUAACAUGACCAGCGUUCCCGAGGUGGUCCUCGCCAAGGAGGCGGGCCUUUGCUACGCCAGCAUCGCCAUGGCCACCGACUACGACUGCUGGAAGGAGCAUGAGGAGGCUGUCUGCGUCGACAACGUCCUGAAGACUAUGAAGGAGAARGCCAACAAGGCCAGCAGUAUCCUGCUCACUGCUAUCCCCCUGAUCUGCAACCAGGAGGACUGGACCCACACCAUAAAGGCUCUGAAGGCAACAGCGCAAUCCUCAAGUAAUGCUACGAAAAACAACUGA